AUUUAUGUCAAAAGAAUGUCAUAUUUGUCAAUUGUUGACCACCUCGACCCACAUAAAAUACGCUUUUAUGGUCAAGUAAACGAGUUGUGUCUCAAAAAAGAAAUGUCUCCCUCAACAACAAAUCUCCCGCCACCACUGCCUGCCGACGCAAUCCCCGACACACGUCCGCCAAUUGAAUUUGGAGAAUCCUGUCCCAGGAGGUCAUGGACCAGCUCCCAUUUACAGGUUCAAAAAGUAGAACACUCAUGGUACAGCACGUCACCCAACAACAGUUAUCCCCACAAUCUCUUCCCACGUGCUUGCGCCGCACUCCUCCUGUCGCCAGAUGGCGCCACCCCAAACGUCAAAAGUGACAUUCCGCAGUGGCACAGUUUCUCUGUCUCGCGUAAAAAAAUCGCAGUGAUGACUCUCGUAAACCCCGACGAGCAGAAAAACCAGCAGGUGGCGGGCGACCCCAACACCGCCAUCAAGGUGAAGACGCCCAAACGCAUCCUCCACUUCAGCGACGGCGUCCUGGAGGAGUACAGCGACGACGAAGUCGACAACACCCCGCAGGAGGAGCAGGCAGUUGUUGAUCCCAGCAGCCUGACAUGGGGGCCCUGGUUUUGGUACAAGACGUGGCGGGCAGGUGCCGGCACGUUGGCCGUGGUGGAUUCGAUCGGCGAGUUCUUGGCGGCGUUUUUCGGGAUUACCACCCCCAAGUAUUAUUUCGAGCUGGAGGAGUACAAGAGGAGGGAGGCUGAUGCGAAGAACGAGAAGGAGCUGAAGGAAGGGUGGUCCGAGGCUUCGACUGCCGAGAAUUUUACGCUGAAGGAGGUUAAUACGAAGCAGCCGCAGCCCGUCCAGGUUUAAAAUGAAAAAGGUUUUCCAGAGCACCGCUACUUGUUGCUGAAAAAUAUUUAUCCGCUUGCUUCGUACAAGGGAACAUGUAAAGGAUAAUAAUUAAGAACAUAGGCCUUAUAUAUAUUUUAGGACAUAUAUAAUAUAUAUACUCAGCGUUUAUAUUUAUUGAACCGUUUAUUCCAUGUUACCGUUUCAAUUCGAUGUGAUACGUAGUACUUAAGCAUAUUCUUGUCAAUUUCGUGGCGUUUUCGGAGUUGCGUUCGGCAAUCGGAACUGAGGUUUCCGUAAAUGUUAAACACAACUAUAUUGCGGAACGCAACCUCCGAAUUAUUGAUGUUUCUCACGUCCACUCUUAAAAGACAAAUAAAUCAUUAAAGGAG